GGGGGAAAUUUUGGGUUUUCUUUGAGGGUUUUGGGGUAUUUUUUUUGUUGGCGGGGUAUUAAGGUUUUUAUUUGGGGUUGGUUGAGUUUUUUUGUUUGGGGUUUUUUGGUGGAUUUUUUGGGAUUUUUUUAAGGGGGGGUUUGUGAGGAUUUUUUGAGGGGGUUUGGGUUUUUGUGAGGGAUUUUGGGAAAAGUUUUGAGGGUUUUUUUUUUGUUUUUUUUUAAGGUUAUUUUGGGGGGGAGCUUGGGGUUAUGCUGGGUUUUUUUGGGGGCUUUUUAGUUUUUUUUUUUUAGGGGGUGGUUGAGGGUUUUUAUUUGGAUUUUUUGGGGUUUUUUUGAGGGGUUUUGGGGUUUUUUUUUAUUUUCUCGUGGGGGCUGUUCGAGUUUUUCUGAGGGAAGUUUUGAAGGGGUAUUUUUUUAUUUGUUUUAAGGGAUUUUGCGGUGUUUUUUUUUUUUGCUUUUUAGGUUUUUUUUGGGGGGCGGUUGAGGGUUUUAACGUGUUUUGUGUUGGGUUUUUUUUUGGGAGGAAUUUUGGGGAUUUUUGGGGGAGUCUUUGGUGUCUUUUGUGGAUUUUUUUUUUUUUGUUUAUUUUUUUUUGUUUUGUUUUGUUUUGUUUUGGUUUUUUUUCUUUUCAGGGCUUCUCUGAUCCCUUCAGAUCUCCCCAAAAUUCCUCUCCCGAGGGUUGGGGAAAAAAAAAAAAAAAAAGAAAAGAAAAGAGAAAAUUAAAAUUUUAAUCUUUUCCUAAAAUUUUAUUUAUUUGUUUAUUUAUUUAUUUUUUGUUUUAGGAUCUCGCUGGACCCUCCCCUCCCCCCCCCUCCCCUCAAAGGCUGGAGACCCCCUCGAGGAGCUGAAAAUUCCCAAAUUUCCCCAAAAUUCCCCAAAAAAACGGAGGGGAGGGGGGAACCCCAGCGACCCCCCUCCCCCCGGAGCCAGCACCAGGUAAAACUCCCAAACCCGUCAGAAAAAUCCCGAUUUUUUUGGGGCCAAAUCCCAGGAUUUUGGAGCCAACCCCUUCAGCCCCAUGUGAAGGAUGCUGAAGAAAACCACCCUGGCUCUCGGAGGAGCCGCGCUCUUCCUCGCUUGGAACGGGCUCCUCCUCCUCUUCCUCUGGACCCGCCCCUCGCUCACCCCGAACCCCCAAAACCCCCAAAAUUCCCAAAAACUCCUCCCGGCCCAACUCCUCCAGCUGGCGCAGGACGCCGAAUCCCAGCUCCGCCUCCAACGCGACCUCCUCCUCCAAAUCCAACUCCUCAACCAAAUGCGCCGCCAAAAAACCCCGAAACCGCCCCAAAACCAACCCGAAGAGCUCCCGGUGAUCCCGGUGUUGGUUUUGGCGUGCGACCGCAGCUCGGUGAGGCGGUGCUUGGAUAAAAUCUUACGUUACCGACCCAACGCCCGGAAAUUCCCGGUCAUCGUCUCUCAGGACUGCGGCCACGCCGAAACCGCCGCGGUCAUCGCGUCCUACGGCCAAACCGUGGCUCACAUUCGCCAGCCGGACCUGAGCGACAUCCCGGUGCCGCCGGAACACCGGAAAUUCCAAGGUUACUACAAAAUCUCCCGCCACUACCGCUGGGCGUUAGGCCAGGUGUUCCGUACUUUCCGCUACCCGGCCGCCAUCGUGGUGGAGGACGACUUGGAGGUGGCGCCGGAUUUCUUCGAGUAUUUCCAAGCGGUUCUGCCGCUGCUGCAGAAGGAUCCGAGCCUUUGGUGCGCCUCGGCGUGGAACGACAACGGCAAGGAAGGGUUGGUGGAUUCGGGCCGCGCCGAACUUUUGUACCGCACCGAUUUUUUCCCCGGUUUGGGUUGGUUGCUGUUGGCGGAACUGUGGGACGAGCUCGAGCCGAAAUGGCCGCCGGCUUUUUGGGACGAUUGGAUGAGGCAACCUGAACAACGGCGCGGCCGUUCUUGCGUCCGGCCAGAGGUGUCCAGGACGAUGACCUUCGGCCGUAAAGGCGUGAGCCACGGGCAGUUUUUUGACCAAUACCUGAAAUUCAUCAAACUCAACGACCGCUUCGUGCCUUUCACCCAGCUGGACCUUUCUUACCUCAAAAAAGACGAGUACGAACGUUUCUUCCUCCAGCAAGUUUAUUCCGCCCCCGAAAUCAAACUCGAGGAGCUCCAAAAGGAGGCGGGGAAGGAUUUGGGGGCGGUCAGGCUCCAAUAUCGGGGCAGGGAUUCCUACAAAGCUUUGGCCAAAGCUUUGGGGUUGAUGGACGACCUCAAAUCCGGCGUUCCCCGAGCCGGUUACCGCGGCAUCGUCAGCUUCGUGUGCCGGGGACGCCGCGUCUUCCUGGCCCCUCCUUCGGACUGGACGGGUUAUGACCCUUCCUGGAGCUGAAAUUUGGAUUUCUUUUUUUUUUUUUUUUCUUGGGAGGGGACGAUUUCCCCAUAUUUUUUUGGGGGGGGGUGGAGGUUUGGGGUCAAUUCGGAGUUGGGGUUUUUUGAAGAAUAAAAGGUGAGAAAAUGGGGGGGGGAAUUCUCUCUCCCCCCCGAAUUCCAUCACUGCCACUUCUGUUGGGAGUUUCAUCUUUAAAUUUGAGCCUUUUAAAAAUCCCUUUUGAGCCUAAAUUUGUUUUUGUUUGUUUUUCUUUUUUUUUUCUUGAGGGGAGGGCGGCGGAUUUGGCGCUUGCGGGGGUCAAAGCGGCUCGAACGGGGCAGGGAUUUUUCCAGAAUAAAAGGUAAAAAAUGGAGGA